CUUGCUUCGGCAGGGGGUCAGAGAAGGGCCCACUCAGGUACCGUUACCGAUUUGUGCCGAUAACAGAGGCCGCCCGAGCCGCCCCCUUGGCCGCCCAUCGCAUAUUUCCGCGUGUGUUCGUCCCCUUGGCUCUCCUGUGCAGAUUUUGUUAUGAAAAUUCGCAGUAGCUGCUUUGGUGAAGUGAUCUGGAGCAAUAUCAGGGGAGCGAGCGGGCGAGGCAGGUUGUGGUUGAGUGCUGGGCGGCGCUCUGGCGGCGAGCGGUGGAGUUACGGGGCGGCCAUGUUAGCAGCCUCAGGCGACCAGUGAUGAAUGCGUGGGGCCAGUGGACCUGCCUCUAUACACAGCACACCGACGCACUCCCGCUCGCUCCCGCAUUUUCGCUUGAUUGGAGCCGUUAAUUGAGUAUUUAUGGAUAAAUUUGUGUGUGGUAGGAUGUGGUGGAGGGAAGGUGUGGAAUACCGGCGAGUGUGGAAGUGAAACGAAGUGAUGGGACCAGUCAGCCUCACAUGUUUUUUACCAAGGAGUAAUGAGGACUCUGCAUCGCGCAUCCUAAGAUGGCGAGACCGGUCGGCCCCGGACUAGCCAGGAUAAUGGCGCUGUGGUGAAGCAGGUCGAGCCGCAAGAUGCGAAAACUGUGGGGCUGGACCCUGGCGGCGCUGCUGUGGGUUGUGACGGCAGGCGUAGGGCCAGACUACCACAGCCAUGACGACUGCCAGGUCACCUCGCUGCCGGGCACCGACCUGGCCGCCCUGCUGUGUCGUCUGCGAACCAUCAACAGUGAGCUGGACGCCACCAACUUCACUGUCAUCCCGCGCCGCAACACCGCCAAGCUCAGGAUCGAGUGCAGUGACGUGCUCUUCUUCCAAAGCUCACUGCAAAACAAGAGCUUUGUGCGCCUGCGGGAGCUGCAGGAGCUCGACAUCGAAUACUGUAAGAUCGGCGAGGUGCCGCGGGAGGCGUUCCUCGGCCUCACUAACCUCAGGAACCUCACGCUGCGCACCUACAACACUGACUGGUCUGCCAUGUCCCUCAAGAUCGCCAGCGACGCCUUCCGCGAGCAGAGGAACCUGGAGCGGUUGGAUCUCGGUGACAACAACAUCUGGACGCUGCCGCCGCGCCUGCUGUGCCACCUGGGGAACCUCAAGCUGCUCAACCUGUCCCGCAACAAACUGCAGGACGUGACGGUGCUCAGCUUUAGCCAGGCAGAGCACUUCUGUGCCCCGGGACUCAGGCGCCUCGACCUCUCUUAUAAUCACCUGGUGAGUGUGCCUGCCUUCGCCUUCGCGGCGCUCAAGAACCUCCAGGCGCUCAACCUGAGUCUAAACGGCAUCAGCAAGCUGGAGGACAAGGCGCUGUUCGGUAUGUACUCCCUGGAGGUGCUGGAUCUGUCGGGGAAUCUCCUUACGGCACUGCCGCCCGAGUUGUUCCAGGAGAACAAGCGCCUCACCAAGCUCUACAUCAGGAACAACUCGGUGAGUGUGCUGGCGCCGGGGCUGUUCACGGGCCUUAGCCUCCUGCUGGAGCUGGAGCUAAACGACAAUCAGCUCACCAACACCUGGGUCAACUCAGAGACCUUCACGGAUCUACUGAGACUGGCCAGCCUCGAUCUGACAAACAACAAAAUAACUCGACUCGACGCGGCCACCUUCCGCGAUCUGACCAACCUGCAGGUGCUGCGUUUGCAGCACAACAUGAUCGAGACAGUAUCGGACUACACGUUCAGUGGCCUGUUCCGCCUGCACACGCUGGUGCUGUCAGACAACAGGAUCAAGGAGCUGAGUGACAAGACGCUGGCGGGGCUGCGCGGCCUGCAGGUGCUCAAGCUGGAUCACAACGAAGUGUUCAGUGUGGAUAGCCUGGCGCUCACUAACUCCACGGAGCUGCAGGAGCUCCAGCUAAGCCACAACUACUUGCAGGACGUGCCCAAGCUGGUACAGAGCCUCACCUCCCUCAGGACGCUCGACCUCAGCGGCAAUCAUGUAAGUGUUCUCACUAACAGUUCCUUCACUGACCUCAAUAACCUGAGCGCCCUGAAGCUGGCGGCCAACGUGGUAGAGGUGGUGAGCAAGACGGUGUUCCGCGCCUUGCCCGCCCUGCAGGUGCUCGACCUUUCCACCAACAAGAUCAAGACCAUCGAGAACGGUGCCUUCGACAACAACAAGCACCUGGAGGCGGUUCGGCUAGACAACAACCUGCUUACCAGCGUGCAGGGUCUCUUCUCUGAGCUGCCUAACCUGCAGUGGCUCAACCUGUCCAAGAACCACCUCGAGAUGUUUGAUUACGCCUUCAUCCCGCGUGGCCUCAAGUACCUCGACCUGCGCUCAAACUUCAUCAACGAGCUGGGUAACUACUUCGAGAUUGAGAGUCAGCUGAGCCUCAAGAUCAUCGACGCCAGCUUCAACAAGCUGUCUGACAUCAGCGCCAGUUCGGUGCCUGACAGCGUUGAGAUUCUCUUUCUCAACAACAACCUCAUCUCCCGCGUGCAACCUUACGCCUUCUUCAAGAAGAAAAACCUCACCCGUGUGGACCUCUUUGCCAACAAGAUCCGCAACAUCGACCAGAAUGCCCUCAGGCUGUCCCUCAUGAAUCCCUCCCGCGACCCUCCCGAGUUCUACCUGGGCGGCAAUCCCUUCGAGUGUGACUGCACGAUGGAGUGGCUGCAGGCCAUCAACAGCCUGGAGGAGACACGCCAGCACCCCGCCGUGGUGGACCUCGACACAAUAAACUGCCGCCUCAUGAACAACAAGGGCGUCAUUCCACUCCUGGAGGCACAGAAGCUGCAGUUCCUGUGCGAAUACGAGUCUCACUGCUUCGCUCUCUGCCAUUGCUGUGACUUCGAUGCCUGUGACUGCGAGAUGACAUGCCCCUCAAACUGCACCUGUUUCCACGACGAGUCCUGGGCCGCCAACAUCGUGGACUGCUCGGGCGCUGGCUACGACGCCGUGCCUGACAGGGUGCCCAUGGAUUCCUCCGAGGUGUACUUGGACGGCAACGAGCUCUCCUCGCUAUCCAGCCACACUUUCAUUGGCAGGAAGAACCUGAAGGUGCUGUACCUCAACAGUAGCAAGGUGGAGCUCAUCCACAACAGAACCUUCAAUGGCCUGAGGCUACUGGAGAAGCUGUAUCUGCAGCACAACAUGGUGAAGGAGCUCAAGGGAUACGAGUUCGAGCACCUAACAUUGCUACGGGAGCUGUACCUGAACAGCAACGAGCUGGCGUUUGUGCACAAUGCCACUUUCCUUAGCCUCGCCUCGCUCAGAAUCCUGCGCCUGGACGACAACCGCCUCAAGACGCUGCCCGUCACCUACUUCCGCAGGAACCACAACAUGCACUCCCUCUUCCUGGGCGACAACCCGUGGCUGUGCGAGUGCGAGAGCGCAGCAGAGGUGCAGACGUGGCUGGAAGGCGCCGCUGUGGUGUUGCGGGACCCCGAGCAGGUGCAGUGCGCUCUCAAUAAGACGGUGGAGGUGACGCUGCAUCUCACCGCCUUCAACGUGUCGGUGUGCACCAACGAGAGCGACACCACCACCACCAUCCGCCACGAGGCGUACCUGGACUACGUGUUCCUGCCCACCGUCACGCUGGGCGCCUUCGCCGUGCUGCUUACCCUCACACUCAUCAUCUUCUGCAACAGGAACCGCAUGCGGGUGUGGGUGUACGCCAAGUACGGCGUGCGCCUCUUUUACCGCAGCGAGUACGAAGGUGACACAGACAAGGCCUUCGACGCCUUCGUCAGCUACAGCUCCAAAGACGAGGUGUUCGUGACACAAAUCCUGGCGCCGGAGCUGGAGCGCGGCAGCCCUGCCUAUAAGUUGUGUCUGCACUACCGUGACUUCCCCGUCGGCGCCUACGUCACGGACACCAUUCUGAGCGCCGUGGAAACCAGCAAGCGCACCAUCCUCAUCCUCUCAGAGAACUUCAUCAAAUCUGAGUGGCGGCGCUUCGAGUUCCGCUCCGCCCACCACGAGGUGCUGAAGGACCGACGGCGGCGCCUCAUCGUCAUCCUGCUAGGGGAGGUGCCGCGGCGGGACCUGGACCCCGACAUCCGUCUCUACCUGAAGACUAACACGUAUCUCAAGUGGGGUGACAACCACUUCUGGGAGAAGCUGAAGUUUGCCAUGCCGGACGCCCGCCGCCCCUCCCGCAGCCACCAGCUGCAUACUCUCGCUGCCCAGCCCCCGCCCGGCCCCCGCCCCGUGCCCCUCCACAUGUAGCCCCGCACGCCCUCGCCCAUCACGCCGCCCACGAGUCCUCCCUCCACACUCAUCCACAAAACCCAAGUGUCUUGACCUCUCAGCUCCACCCCGUGACCCCUCCACCUGCCGCCUCCACCCGCGCGCUCCUCCACCAGUCCCUGAUAAGAGGAGUCCGCAGCAGGAGACGAGACGGCUGGAGGGAAUGGAGUGGUGGAGAGGCAGCGGUCGCGGUGAAGUCGUGGGAUAAGAUCGGUCACCACCCCUACCAAUAUCCCCACCACCAGUGUCAAGUGUUAGCAGUGUUGCUUGUGUUGUCAGAGUUGCUGUGCCGGGCAGUGUUGCCGCCAGGCGAGGGAGCAACGAUGCCAUAAAAUGUUGCCAAAAAUACUCCCUUUAUAAUUUUCUUAAGUAAAAUUUGAAAAAAAUUAUUAAAUUACUGAAGCAGAAAUAGAGUAUACUCAGUUCUGUCUCAAGAAAAGUAAGUGACAUGUUUUAAAGGUACCAAAAGUAUUAAUAUAAAAAAAGCUAGAGAAAAAAUAGAAUUUGAAUAAAAAAUGAAACAUUCCUGUGCUCGACAAUGAAAAAAAGCAAACAACGCUAAGCAUCCAAAUUAUAAAGCCAUUGAGUGUUAGGUGAUGAAUGAAUAGGAAGAAAAAAAAAGGAUGAAUUAUUGAGUGGCAUGUCGUGAAUGUUGUCUGAAUGAAUGAUGAUCUGCACCACAAGUAGAAAAGAAAGAAGAGCAUCGCCACCAAAGGAAUGUGUUGCUUCCUCGUGUGUUGCUUUGACGAAGUGAAAAAGAAUAAGCCGCUUGUUUUCAUUUUUCAUGUAGUCGACGAGGAAAAAUUUUCGAGAAUUGGAGAAUAUAAGAUUUAUGAGCGAAUAAUGCCAGUAAAAAGUAAAAUGAAAAUAUCUACAAUCGAAUAGUAGGAAAACAAAGAAAACAAAUAUAAGUUAAAUCGAAACACAAGCAUUGAUAAAAUGAAAUAAGAAAAUUUAAUCAUAAAAGCCUGAAUAUUUGAAAAUGAGAAAAGAAAAAACACAAGAAAUCAUUAUUAUUCUCUUUCACUGCACCACCUCACUGUUACAUUCCACUGCACCGCUACACAACAGCAAAAGUGGAGGUAGUGGAAGGAGAAACACACGUGAAACCAUGACUUUAUUCCACUGUUCCACCUACACAAAAGCAAAAGGUGGAGAGAGUGGUAGCGAGGAAGGGACAACCGGUGGUGAUGGUGGUGGUGGUGGUGAGGGUGGAUAUGGAGGUGGUUCUGGCAACAACGUCGGGGCGAGGGAGCGGAGCGGGGCGGCCAGACAGCCAGACAAGUGCACUGCUCCAGCCUCAUGUCGCCCGCCGCCCGCCACUGACCACCUCACGAGGACUACAUUGAAGUGGCAUUAUUACAGUGACUCGUGAGUGUGGGAACUGACCUUGGCUGUGCAGGUGUGCGGCGGCCAUGACGGACUGAGGGACGGGAAAGGUGCACCACAGACACACAACAGACAGGUGUUUUGAAUUCCUCUCCCAUUUUCCCCCCGUGUCUGUGAACAAUAAACAGUGUGCUAAAGAAAUAACAGUGAUGAACAAUUUUUUGAGCAUUUUUUGUAUGUAAAUUAUUUGCAGGACAUUUUUUAUAUGAUUGUUCUUUCAUUUUGUUGUUGUGUAAAUAUUAAAAAAACCCGUGCAUUUUUUUGUACUAUUUCAUAUUUCUAGAACACAUACACACAAAAAAAUAUUACUGCCUUGGUUUGUUGAGCUUCAUCUUCUUGUUGCCCGUGUUAAAGCUUCCUCUAGUCAACCGAGAUGUUAUAUUAUUAUCAUUAUUACUAUUAUUAUCAUUAUUAUCCUUUAAAGUGAAGAAGCGGAAUGUGAUAACCGAAGCAUGUUACGUUUGAUGCCAAAUUACUCACUUGUGAUAAAGAGAUUCAAACUGAACCGUCCACUGACAACAACACAAACCCGAAGAAUUAUCACAAAUGCUGGAUUUUUAAACAAUUCCUUGGCCAUACAAAAUUAACGUCCGAAACAAAAUGAACUAAUCAUGAAACACAGCGAAACAGCCAAGAGUGCUUUCCCUGGGCGUGUCACAGAGUAGUGUUCACGCUGGAGGGAAUAUCGGUCACAGCUGAGCCAGAGAGACACAAACAUGAAUCUGUGAUGAGUGAAUGGACAUAUAUUUAUAAAAGGCGUGGAUGAGUAGCGUGUGCACGGAGCUGGAUGUCGGAGGCCGCGGAGGGACGGGGAGAAGGGAACAAAGGAGGGGAAUGAGGAUUUAGAAAGAAAAAGAGAGAAAGAGAGAAAUAUUAAGUGUCAGGAAUAGGAAAGGAAAAUAUCAUGAAGGAAACAUAGGUAAAAGGUAGAUAGAGAAAAGAAUUCCAGUGCGUAGGAGAGAAAGGAAUGAACAAGGAGGAUAUACACAUGCAAGAAAAGGUAGAGAGAAAAAAAAAUGCGAGCACAAAAAGGGAAAAUAUCUAAAAACUAGUAGAAGGUAAACAGUAAAAGAGAAAGAUUGUGUAUAUGUAGGAGAACGGAAGGAGAAGAAAGAGAGGCAGACAAAGAAAGAGAGAGAUACUUUAGGCAAAUAAAUAUAUAAACAAAUAUUGAAAUAAACAAAAAAGUUAUGAAUAAAAUACAACAUUAGUAAAACAUAACAAAGGCAGAAAAAAAUAAAAAUAAAACUGUUAUAGGAACUAACGAAAAUAUACAAAUAUGAAUGAAUAAAACGCAAGUACCAAUACAAAAAGAGCAGUACGAAAAAGAAAAAGAAAAAAGGAGACACACACACUGUACUACCAAACAAAAUCGACUAAAACAAAGAAAAAAGUUAGCAAGGAAAACAAAAAGAAACCCACAAGAAAAAAACUAG